AUGGACGGGCACUCAGCGCACCUCACCGCGCCAGUCCGUUCGCGGAGCUCCCAGUCGCCGUCUCCCUCCCACUCCGCGUCGGCCUCCGCCUCCUCGUCGAUCCACAAGCGCAAGCUCCCGCCGGAGGACCACGCGCCGCCCUUCCCUCCGUCGUUCUCCGACACGCGCGACGGCGCGCUGACUUCCAAUGACGACCUGGAGAGCAUCAGCGUCCGCGGCGCCGGCGACGAUUCGGACUCCGACGACGAGUCCGAGGAGGAGGAGGAAGAGUACGACAACUCCAUGCGCAAUUUCACGGCCUCUCGUCUGGAGAAUAGCAGUGGUGCUGGUGGUGGUGGGCCCACCGCGAGGAACACGAAGAUCAAGGUUGACAGCUCGGUGAAGGCCGAGCAAGCUGAGGUGGCGAAAGACGGGGAUGGUGGUUUGGCUACAGCAGCAAACGGUACGGUUCCGGGGAUUGUGGUGAAGGAGGAUUCUGUGAAGAGCAUAUUUACGGACAAUAUACAGACUAGUGGGGCUUACAGCGCUCGAGAGGAGAGUUUGAAAAGAGAAGAGGAAUCAGGGGCAAUCAGAUUUGUAUGUGCUUCGAAUGAUGGUAUUGAUAAACACAUGAUCUGGCUGAUUGGGUUGAAAAACAUAUUUGCACGACAACUGCCCAACAUGCCAAGAGAAUACAUUGUUCGUCUUUUAAUGGACAGAAACCACAAGUCUGUAAUGGUUGUCAGAGGAAGUCAGGUUGUUGGUGGGAUUACAUAUCGACCCUACAUCAGAUAUAUUAAAGACUAUGAUGGGGGGAUCCUUAUGGAAUGUAAAAUUGACCCUAAGCUUCCAUAUACGGAUUUAUCAACAAUGAUACGCCGUCAGAGACAGGCCAUAGAUGAAAAGAUUAGGGAGCUAUCAAAUUGUCACAUUGUGUACCCUGGGAUUGAUUUUCAGAAGAAGGAAGCUGGUAUACCCAAAAGAUCCAUCAAGGUCGAGGAUAUUCCUGGUUUGCGAGAGGCUGGCUGGACUCCUGAUCAGUAUGGUCACUCUCGGUUUAAAAUUGUGAACUCGGCUACAGAUGCCGCCUCUCAUCAGAAAUCAUUGACCGCAUUCAUGCGCUCACUUAUAAAAGCAAUGUGUGAUCAUCCCGAUGCGUGGCCAUUCAGAGAACCUGUCGAUGGGCAUGAAGUUCCUGAUUACUAUGAUAUCAUCAAAGAUCCAAUGGAUUUAAAAACAAUGUCGAGGCGAGUAGAAUCUGAGCAAUACUAUGUAACUUUUGAGAUGUUUGUGGCUGAUGUCCGGAGAAUGUUCUCGAAUGCGCGAACCUACAAUUCUCCCGAUACAAUCUACUACAAAUGUGCAACCAGGUUGGAAGGACAUUUCUCAAAUAAAGUUCAAGCUGGUCUUCAAUCUGGCAUCAAGAUUCAACCUUAG